UCGUUUCUUCGUAGUUUUUGAUAGCUAAGUCCUCCUGUCGGGUGUGAAUCACAUGACGGGAAUUUUGAUGGAUAUAAAAAGCACCUUGAAGCCUGAAGAACGACAACCGUUCAAGAGGAAAACGAAAACAUCAGUAAAAUAAAGGGACAAAAGGGAGAGACCAUACGGAAGACAAAGCAUUGCUCGGAUAGCCGCUUUGUGCCUGAUCGAGAGGCAGCAGGAUGCGACCAGACGGCCCAAGGGAUGACUUUGCCGGGCCCGAUACAGGGCCAGAGUCCCCGUUCCCCAUCCGGAUGUCAGGGCCAGUGAUCAAGGGCUUCGGAAGAGGCAGCAAGGAGCUUGGUAUUCCUACUGCAAACAUCCCAGCUGAGACGCUGUCAGAGUAUCCUAACCUCCAGCUGGGUGUAUACUACGGCGUUACGGCCUUGGACCCGGCACAGUUCAAACAUACCCGCACUGAAAGUGAUGCCGCUGACGAGCCAGCGCAUACCGGCACUGACAUCUUUCCCUGCGUGCUGAGCAUCGGCUAUAACCCAUUCUAUAAGAAUACCGUCCGCUCAGUGGAAAUUCACAUCCUACCUCAUCUAUCAAUGGAAUCAUCUCCGAUUUCUGCUGAUACAUCCGGGCAACGUCCGCUAUUUCAUCAUUUCCCUGAUUUUUAUGGAACGGCUCUUAACUUGCUUAUUCUUGGCUAUAUCCGACCUGAGUAUGAUUACGUUAGCCGUGAAGCCUUGAUUGAUGAUAUCCGGAUAGACUGUGAUGUGGCCAGACGUAGUUUGAAACGAAAGGCAUACGCUGUCUUUUUGAACGAUGUUGACGUUUCUGACGAAAAGGCUAACGAGGCAAGGCGAUGGCUCAGGAGGUUUUAGACCGUGUUUGAUCGUUUAUGAAUUUUAUAUGAACAUCGGUCAGCAGGCU